AUGCGCGCCGCCGUCGCGUCCCUCGCGCUCCCCGCCGUCGCGCCGUCGCGAUCGUCGCGAUCGUCGCCGUCGCCGUCGUCGCGCCGGCGCCCGUCGCCGGCGUCGUCGCGCGCGCGACGCCGCUCGUCCGCGAUCGCGUCGUCGUCGUCGUCGUCCGACGCGACGGCGUCCACGCAGAUCGCGGCGCUCGCGGGUCGCCUCCGCGCGGAGGCUGGCGACGCGAACGGCGUCGACCGCGACGAGACCCAGCGCGCGUCCAUCGCGCGUAUCAUCGCCGAGAUCGACGCGCUCAACCCGACGCGCGACACCGCGGCGGUCGAUCUCGCGGGCACGGCGUGGGAUCUCGUGUACACGGACAGCCAGGGCAACAGCAGCGGGAAGAUCGGGCCGUUCGUCGGCGCGGUGACGCAAAUAUUCGACGCAGACGCGGACCCUAAGAAGCCUGGCUCGGGGAGUACGUACGCGAACAUCGUGACGUUCGGCCCCGCGCGAUUAAAGCUGCGCGCGGUCGCGGAGGGUGUCGCGAAGAAGCCGACGACGUUGAAGGUGACGUUCGAGGACGUCACCGCGGAGGUGUUCGGAAGGGACGUCUUCGCGAAGCCGUUUCCGAAAGGGCGCGCGGGGACGUGGACGGUAACGCAUGCGUCGGAGGCGUUACGUGUGCUGCGGACGAAUCAGGGGAACGUCUUCGUCCUCGCGAAGCAGCGGGAGUCGUCGUAG